UCCUCGACCGCAGUUCACGCGAGAGAAUUCUCGAUGACUCGAGCGCCCCCUAAACAUCACGACACUUUGCUUCAAUUUAAAUCAUUCGAAAUUUAAUCGAAAAGUAGAUCUCGAAAUCGUAGCUGCUGCUAGCCACUACGCGACUCAUCCCAUUCAGGGACUCGUCGCAAGACGUAUACUCCUCCAAAAGUGUUUUUUUAAUCAUUAUGUGAAUUGGCUGUCUAAGUAUGUUUUGUAUACGUAAUAUUCAGAGAACCUGCGCCUCAAAACCUGUCAGACUCGUCCCCAACGCCAAGUACUCGAGACGCAGUGAUAGGAGUACAAGUUCCUACAAAGUCGUCACUUCGAACGAUGCCCUUGACGACUUUGACAACACAGUGUUCGGCGUUGACCCAAACUGGGAACUUCUCACACCACGAGGCUUCCGCUUUUACCUUCCUGGAAGCAUAGGCCCUGGCUGGCUGGAUGCUUCAACCACUGCCCAAGUUGAAGUUCAUUCUAUGGUAGUGCCAAAUGAAUUAGAAGAUUUCGAAAUAGCGCAGACCAACAAGAGGAAUAAAAACAAAGUAGGUCAGAAGGAAGAAAUCUUUUCUAUCUUGCAAUGUUCAGCACAGGAAUGUCCAACGUUACUGAGGAAAGGAAUAUUAGAACUUUUUCCAAGCUGCUUAGAAGUAACGUCACCACAGCUCACUAUAGUUACUAUUAGUCAAAAGUCAAAUAACAAAAAAUCAAGAUGGAGCAAAGAAGUCGAAACAGAAAAAUUAGCUCAACACUUUGUGUUAGCUGCAUCAGAUAUAUGCAAAAAAUUGAAGAUGUGCGGUUAUUGGGCAGAUUUUAUAAAUCCCUUCAGCGGCCAACCUUACUUGCAUCCUCACAAAAAUGGCAUCCUCUACAAAACGGAUGAACGCUUUCGUUGCGUAGGAUUCAAAGUAGAAAAAAAAGAAAAUUGCAAAAUCAUUACACAUGAUAAUGAUUCAACGAACUUCAUUGGUAAUCUCUAUACAACAGCACCGUCAAGCACAGAAUUUCUGAAAGAAAUAAUGAACGAUAUCAACCAUAAAUUGAAUUGAAAUGUGAUUGCCAUAUAGUUAAUUAUUUAUUUUCUGUCAUUGAGUGACAGGAUAAGUAUGUACAUCAGCGCGAGUAAAUGUACAACUGAGUUUACAACAUUGAAAAUGAUUGUUUCGAAAUAAUAUUUUCAAGUUGAUGAGUAAAUUCUCGAUAAUUUACGAUUUUGACUUCACUCUGAAUAUAAUUCGUCAAAAUUGAUUCUGUUUGCGAAAACAUAGAACGACUAAAUGAACAGAUCAAAUGAGUUUUAAAGUGACACUGUAUUAUAGAAUACACAAAUGAAAGUUAAAAUAUUGUAUAAAAUGGGCUACUUAUAAUGUAUAAAGUCAACGUAAUAAUAAAUGAUGAAGUCAUACAAGUUUUA